AGUUCAAAUACACGAUUCAAUUAAAAAAUAAUGAGAAAUUAGGUGUUAAAUUGAGGGACGAGAGAGACAAGAUUGAUUGAAAAACGAUAAAACCACUGAAACGACAAGUUACAAAUAGCAAUAAUAAGUCUUUUAAUAAUAAUUGCGUUGAACGAUACGACUGCAGGCGAGGACACGCAGUGCGGAGCGGCAGAAACAACAACCGCGGCGGCGUCAACCACCACCGCGGCUGACCAAUCGCCAAUCCAGAGAAUGACGAUGGACGGAAUUGAGGUGGUUGGCACGCAGCAUCAUGCGGCCGCUCCAUUCCUCCUGUCGUCACCGCCACCAGGCCACCAUCACCACCUCCAUCAUCAUCAUCACCAUCAUUCAGCGCCAAGUCAUCAUCCCCACGGCUACAACAUCCAAACUGUGCAGCUGAGUUUCGACGCGUGCCUCGCGUACAACACGUCGCCGACAAGUUCGACGACGACUGGACGCGUGUCACCGACAACCGGCGCAACAGUUAACGCGUCAAACGGCACGGGCAAUGCUGUCCCACUGUUGACGCUGUCGAGCUGCAUGACGCUGCAUCCGGCGAGCUCAAAUUCCCCGGAUUUACAUCAUCGGCAUCAUCACAAUCAUUAUCAUGGCGAUGCACAGCCCCACUGCGACGAUCCGUCGUCGCCGGGGGAGUCCGCUGAGAAGAGUAUUCAGAGAAAUGGGGAUGAUGAUGACGCGUGCAGCGGCAAAUGUCGGGAUGAACUGCGCGAUGCUGGCGACAAGGACAAACCCGGGGAUCUCAAUACACCAGUUACAACGAGCAGCGAUCUGCCGUCGUUCUUUGGACCCUCAGCCCUCGUUGAACCGCCACCCAUAUCAGGUAGCCUGACAGGUGAGGAUUUGUCCCUGGAGGAGGCAACAGCCGACGACGAAGACACCCAGACCCGGGAUCACCAUCACCACCACGACAAUCAGGACAGCGUGACAGCAGGCCAAACGUCAUCGAGUCCCCAGCGUCACCACCAGGACGACGUUGAUCGUUGCAAUGUCCUCCAAGGUGGAGUUAUCCUGUACUCAUCGCCCCACUCAACGGUAUCGUCAGCGCCCACGAGUGUCAACAUCUGUAACGUGCCAACCCUGACGUACAGAGGUGUCUUCACGACGACGUGCACUCAAUCCUCGACGCUGAACACCCUCCAAACCCCUCAGCAGCAGCAGCAGCAACAACAGCAGCAGCAACAGCAGCAGCAAGCGAGCCAAGAGCUCUGGGGAUCGAUUCCCUCGCCGACGGCUCUGACCCUGACCAGUCAGCCAUUUCUCCAUCCCACGCUGCACCCCUCCCCCUACGGCAACGAGACCGUUGAACUCCUCCAAGUGGACUCAAAACCACCUCCACCACCCCCUGGUUACCACGACACACCUUCGUCAACCCCCACGACUUGGCUGAGCCACGAGGACAGCUACGAUCCAAAUCUACUGUCCCACCACCACCAGCCCCAUCCCCAUCAUCAGGAGCCGACACUCAAGCAGGAGCCAGUCACAAAUUCAGGGUAUACACCCAAUGUUCAACAACACCAGCAGCAACAGCCGCAAGCGCAGCAGUCGUCGACCAAUUCGGGCGCUGUUCAGCUAGCUGAGUACAACCCAAGCACUUCGAAGGGGCACGAGAUACUCUCGCAGGUUUAUCAGCAGAGUGCUUUGCCACUGAGACUUGUGCCGGUUAAGCCGCGAAAGUAUCCCAACAGACCCAGCAAAACACCUGUUCACGAGCGUCCUUAUGCCUGUCCUGUCGAUGGCUGUGACAGACGUUUCUCACGGAGUGAUGAACUCACUCGUCACAUACGGAUUCACACAGGUCAAAAGCCAUUCCAGUGUCGCAUCUGUAUGCGCUCGUUCUCCAGGAGUGAUCAUCUGACGACACAUGUCAGAACACACACUGGGGAGAAGCCAUUCUGCUGUGAUCAAUGUGGUAGGAAAUUUGCGAGGAGCGAUGAGAAGAAGAGGCAUGCCAAGGUGCAUCUCAAACAGAGGCUCAAGAGGGAAGCCAGCCACUCUAAUUCGAGGAAUCAUCCGCAGUCCCAUGCUUCGUCGCCUUGUAAUUAGGUUAUUCCACUUUUUUUUUUCAAGUCGUUAAUUGUUUUAAGGUUGAGAGCGAUCGAGAGCCAGUACCGAAUUUAAUGCGUUUUAUUGAUCUCUUUAAAUACUCAAUGAUGGUGUUACGUGCCCUUUGUCGAUACCCUGUGUCUUUCAAUCGUGUGACUGGGCAAUCGCUUUGUUAUCUCGGUUGGGGAGGGGGGCAACAGGAAUUGAAGGAAUUUUGAUUUUAAGGAUUUCCAAGGACUUUGGCUGUUUUGAUUAAGGAAAUCAGCGCUUUCAUUUGUGAUCAUUUAGACCACAAGUUUCCGGACAUUUUACAAUGCUUUUAUUAUUUAAAUUGAAUUUUAGAAUGAUU